UUUGCUAAUGUUCAGAAAGCCCAAAAUUUUGAGCAAACCUUGGAAGCAGUGAGACUAAUAAAUUGUCCACCAAACCACCACACAGACACUCUCUUCUUCAACUUUUCAUUCUCUUGUUUUGUUCCAAUCCUGAAGCAGAUCUGGCAAUGUCGCAAGGAUUCGCAAUCGAACUAUACCUAGACCCAGCGCUUGAGAAUCAGGUUCUGAAAGCGUGGAAUGUUCUCGCGCGGAGACAAAUCAGCACACACCUAAUCGAAAUGGAGUCACGGCCUCACAUAACCCUAUUCUCCACCCCCUUUCUAGAACCUUCCAAAUUGGAACCUCUCCUCAGAGCCUUCGCCUCCAAGCACGACCCUCUCCCUCUCUCCUUCUCAUCCCUCGCCACCUUCCCCAACGACGCCGACAACCUCUUCUUCCUCGCCCCCACUCCCACCCUCGCCCUCCUCCACCUUCAGUCACAGCUCUGUGACGCUAUCAGAAAAGAAGGCGUCGAAAUCGGUGAUGACUAUGCCUUGGAUUCUUGGAUUCCGAAUUGCCCCGUGGCGCGCCACGUCCCCAAGCAGAGGUUGUCUGAGGCUUUCACUCUCUUGAGGGAACUCAAGUUGCCGGUUUCCGGUUACGCUGUGGAUAUUGCGCUCGUUCAAUACUCUCCUGUUCGGGAAGUAUUCUCAUUUGUGCUUGGAGAUAAUAGUUAGAUACCAGUCUGAGGAGUGCUUGCCGGUGUGUUGGACCUCUUCCAAGUUGAUAUGACCAGUCAUAUUCUCAGUUUUUCUGACUGAAGUAGUUCAGCAUCCAAUACCCGAUGAUGAAUGGUUCUAUUUUGUUGUUAUAGAGUAAGAUGUUUGAUUGUUGUGUCUAUAACUCCUUUUUUGCUGUCAGAUUUUCUUCUGGCAGUUGUCUCUGGUUCUAUAUGACAUCCUGUGAUGAUACUUACACUAUUGCAUAACUGUUAAUAUGACUGCAUAUGAGUAAUGAUUUCUACCAUAGGCUCUUACAUUUUUUUUUCCUUCUUGCUUUCCUAAAACUCUGACGCACACACAUUAACAGUUGUGCAGGGACUGAUUGUGUAAAUAGCUUUUCUCAUAAGUACCCAUCAUUUAUGGGAAAAGUAAAGAAAUGCUGAUUGUUGUAGCAUUUCACAUUUAAUCAAUUUUAAGUCCAUGCUUUGUAUUCAUAGGUUUAUAAGAACAGUUAAAUACCUUAAAGGCAGUUUGGUUGAGUUCUUA